CCAAAACUCCGGGAUGCCUAGCGAUAUUCGUCAUCGUCAACGCCAUUGACGCUUAUACACUGGUAAAAUCUGGUGGUGCAAGUUUGCUCUUUAUUUUGCGGCUCCUUAAUUGUUUGUGUGAAUGUAAUGAAAGGGAAUGAGCUGAAAAAGGAUCAAUUUUUUGGAAGAUUAAGCUUUUAUUGUAUCACUCUCAGUCUCUCAUAUUGCAUUCUCUAAGCUGCUUACCUGUCAAAGUUCGAGCAUGUUCUUAAUCGCGAGGAAAGCUUUGGCCUUGGCGCAUAAUAAGGCUAUUCGUUUGACAACAAGGGAAGUGCAUUGCCUAAGCUCCAUUUUACUGUCUCCUCCUCUCGUGUCUCUUGACUUGCCCGAAAAUUGGGUUCCUUUUACUGAUCCGCCAUCUCCUGUUCCUUUUGAAAGUGAACAGAAGACUGUGGUAAUAGAUGGGAAAGUUAUCGCCGAGGAAAUUAGAGAAAAGAUUAUUAAUGAAGUGUGGAAGAUGAAAAAGGGUAUUGGAAAAGUCCCUGGUCUUGCGGUUGUUUUGGUUGGCCAACAAAGAGACUCGCAAACUUAUGUUCGGAACAAAAUCAAAGCUUGUGAAGAAACUGGUAUUAAAUCUGUUUUGGCUGAAUUGCCUGAGAAUUGUACCGAAGGUCAUAUUAUUAGUGUACUGGAAAAAUUCAAUGAAGACACGUCCAUUCAUGGGGUUCUUGUGCAGCUUCCUUUGCCCCAGCAUCUUGAUGAAGCAAAGAUCUUGAACAUGGUGAGAUUAGAGAAAGAUGUUGAUGGGUUUCAUCCAUUAAAUAUGGGGAAUCUUGCAAUGAGAGGAAGGGAGCCGCUAUUCGUAUCUUGUACUCCUAAGGGAUGUGUGGAGUUGUUGAUCAGAGCAGGUGUUGAAAUAGCAGGAAAAAAUGCUGUGGUAAUUGGAAGAAGCAACAUCGUCGGUCUCCCAAUGUCUUUAUUGUUGCAGAGGUAUGACGCUACAGUAAGCACGGUGCAUGCUUUUUCAAAGGAUCCAGAGCACGUUACUAGGGAGGCUGAUAUUGUGGUUGCAGCCGCUGGUGUACCUAAUCUUGUUCGUGGAAGUUGGCUGAAGCCUGGAGCAGUUGUCAUUGAUGUAGGAACAUGUCCUGUUGAGGAUAGUAGUUGUGAGCAUGGUUAUCGUCUUGUUGGGGAUGUAUGUUACGAGGAAGCGUUAGGUGUUGCCUCGGCUAUCACUCCUGUACCUGGAGGAGUCGGACCCAUGACGAUCGCCAUGCUACUUUGCAAUACUUUGGAUGCUGCCAAGCGGAUAUUCCUCUGAUUAUGACUGCGGUUGAUGACAUGGGUACUCAUGAACAUCUUUAACAGCAAGUUCAACAAAAGCGCGGCGAGGAGUUUUAAUGCUUGUUUUAGUGGCUGGUUUCAGAUACAGUCCAAAUGUUUUUGUUUCCUUGGCUUUUUUUUUUUUGGCCUUUGAAGUUGUAUUUUUUGAUAAGCUUGUACAAGAUGGGCAGUCACUUAGUUACGCACGUGAGACUAUGGUAGUUGGAUCAUUUGUAGUUGCAUCUUUACAUAAAGGAUGGAGAAUGAGUCAA